CGCCGUCCUGCCGUGAACACGUGACCCUCCUUUCUGCUCACGUUUUUAGCAUUUAGCCUUUAGCACAACAGCCAAGCAUCAGAAAGGUGUUCGACUUGGAAACUAGUCAUUUUAACCAGGUGCUCAGCUGCAGGCUUUCUCCAGAAAACCCAUAUUCCCAUCUUCCUGACGACCUGCCAUCCUCUUCAUCCCGCUCCUCAUCCUCAUCAGCCAUGAGUGUCAGCGAUGAUGACGAUGUUCCUGCUCUGUCUGCUCACACUCUGGCUGCUCUGCAGGAGUUUUACAAUGAGACCAGAACCGGUCUGGUUCAGACUACGACCCCUUCAGACCCGUUUGCUGUGGGAGCACUGGAGGAGGACUGGAGCAUGAGCCAGUUCUGGUACAGUGAAGAGACAGCGGUCCAGCUGGCAGAGGAGGUCAUACGAGAAGCUGGAGAGGGAGGCAGGAUAGCGUGUGUGAGUUCUCCCAGCGUGUACCAGAAGCUGAAGCAGGGCGCGGUGCACGGUUCAGACCAGGUGUUGGCUGUCGUGUUGGAGUACGACCGGCGCUUCUCAGCCUACGGUGACGACUUCAUCUUCUACGACUACAACGAGCCGCUGUCUCUGCCCUCCUGCGUGGAACCGCAGAGCUUCGACGUGGUCCUUGCCGACCCCCCCUACCUGUCAGAGGAGUGUCUGAGGAAAGUGGCUGAAACCAUCAAGUACCUCAGCAAAGACAAAGUGCUGCUGUGCACAGGAGCCGUCAUGGAGAACCUGGCCAGAGACCUGCUGGAUCUAAACAUGUGCAGCUUCUUGCCCAAACACAACAGAAACUUAUCCAAUGAAUUUCGAUGUUUUGUCAACUACCCAUCUCGCCUGCUGUCCUGCUGAGGAGCCGAACCUCCAGCCAGUCCCGGGGCAUCUGCAUGGAUGCAGCGCAUCACUCUUUGUUUUCCCAGCUGUGGACGAAUUCUGUUUAGACGUGAAGGGAGUUGAUGAAAAGAGACAUUUUCUACUGGAAGAUAGUGAGUGACUGUUUGAUAAUAAGGAGAAGUUUUGAUGUCUUAAGGUAAAAAACAUCAAACUGCAAAGACUCCAGCUUUUACAAUACAGAAGGUUCAUGCCUUUUUUACAAGAUACAUUGAAUAUCUCUUUUGUUUAUAUUAAAAUAUCAAUCAGGUUCAGCUGUAUUUGACAGAUUAUUUGCUUACUUAGAAGCAUCAUGUAGCUGCAGAGAUCCACUGUGCCUGAUAUCAGCAAACCCAGUACUCGAGUUGUAAAAUAAAAUCAGGGGGGAUGGUGGAUUUUAUCAUAUGGGGACAGAUAAUUUGUGCUGAUUACAAAUAAUAUAAUAUAUUACAAAUAAUAGCAGUGACCAAAACACCUGCAGAAAUACUGCAGGAAUGACAUAGCAGCAGUUAAAUGCAGCUUUCUGUAAGCUUUAAAUAUCCACUGGGCUUACAUCAAAUACAUCAAAACACAACAAUAAAAAACACUUUUCUGAACUUAUCAAUAUGACUCUGUCCUUCACAGGAUAAGUAACA